AAUUAAUAUUAAAAUAUGAAAAUGGCAAAUAGAUUUAGAAAUGGAAAUGCCGUGCGCUUGUGUUGCACCCUUGCCCAAUUGCUACUGUCCCAUUCUUGUUCCAUUUAAUUUGCAUCGUAGAACUCUAAUCAAACCCAAUUCUGUUUUCCAAAUCCACUCCAACAAUUUUUCUUUAUUCACUCUCCAUCCUACAACUAAUUGCAUCAGUAAACACGACAAUUACCACACUAGCAACAACAAAAACCCAACUCAAAUCCACUCCUUAAUCAACCAUUUUCAAUGCUCCAUUGACAAUAACUCGGUCAAUAACAAACACCCAGAACCUCAAAACCGAGAAAAACGGUUUAAUAAUCAAGAAAAGCCAGAGCCUUUAACCAAGAAACCCCAAGGACUUUUCACAAACAUGUGGUGGGCGGAUUUGAGAGCUGCACUGGGACAAAGAGUUAACAUUGAAGGAAUUGUUUCUUCAGUUUCCAUGUUUGUUAAAGAGCAGCAUUUGGCUCUACCUCACGUGUCAGUUCGUGAUAUACGUUACAUUGAUUGGGAAAUGCUGCACCAGAGAGGUUUUCGAGGCGUCGUUUUCGAUAAAGAUAAUACAAUUACAGUGCCGUACACUUUGAAUUUGUGUGGCUAUCUUCAGCCCUCGAUAGAGGAGUGUAAAUCUGUUUUUGGUGAUGAUAUAGCGGUUUUCAGUAACUCUGCUGGGCUGUGUGAGUAUGAUCAUGAUGGUUCUAAAGCUUUGGCGCUUGAAAAGGCUAUUGGGAUUAAGGUCAUAAGGCAUAGGGUAAAGAAACCAGCUGGAACAGCUGAAGAAAUUGAAAAGCAUUUUGGCUGUAAAUCUUCGCAACUUAUCAUGGUCGGUGAUAGACCCUUCACUGAUGUUGCUUAUGGGAACCGAAAUGGCUUUUUGACAAUAUUAACAGCGCCGUUGAGUCUUACUGAUGAGCCAUUCAUUGUUAGGCAGGUGAGGAAACUAGAAAUGUCAUUUACAAACUAUUGGUUUCGAAAAGGAUCAAGGCCGGUUAGUCACAGUCUACUGCCUGAUGCAAUGCAAUGUAUAAAAGAUCCACCACCUCUCUAAAGUACAUAUAUGCAAAUUUAAGCAUGUAGCCACCACCACUGUUUAUUGAUCUACAUUUUUGUUUUGGGAGAAACUUUGAUGGGCAUUCCAUGGGAAGGGAAAGGGAGAGGAUCAAAGGAGAUAUGCUCAUUAGGGUGGAUCACAGACCAAUCAUAAAGAGUGACCACAUAGUGCACAAAUAUGAGAAUAAUAAGCUUGGCUAAUUGGUAGCCUGCACACAGUCUUGGACCUCCUCCAAAGGGGACAUACACAUAUCCUGAGAUUGGCUCUUCAAAUCUUGUUGGCUUGAAACUUUUUGCAUCUUUGAAAUACUCUUCAUUGUAGUGUGUCCCAUGUGUUGUCCAUAGUACCUUCAUCCAUAUACACAUAUAAUGCAUUCAUAACCUCUUUUUUUACUCUUAUUUUUCUUACUACAAUAUAAAUAAGUAUAUUUAAAUAUGAUACUCUUAAUUUGAACAGUA